UUAUGGUUGAGCCUUCAUUUCUCUUUUCAACACACAGUAAAAAGAAGAAGCCAUUGAUGCAAAAAUGCUGAACUGUUUACACCCUGUUUGGAAGAACCCCAUCAUUCUUGCUUCCUCUGCUUCACCAUUUUUCCACAAUUUGAGAAAUACCAAACAGCUCAACUAUGGGGAAAAAACAAGACUUUACAGCAAAAGAUCAAGAAUUGUGUGUGGGUUUUUGCCAGUUGAUCCAUGGGCACCAAAUGUUGACUCACAGAGUAUAGCUUCACAGCUAUUUGCUUUUUCUCUGUUCCCUUAUGUGGGUUUUUUGUACUUCAUCACCAAAUCCAAGACUGCCCCAAAGCUUACACUUUUUGGGUUUUAUUUCUUGCUUGCUUUUGUGGGUGCCACAAUUCCUGCUGGAAUUUACGCGAAGGUGCAUUAUGGAACUUCCUUGUCCAACGUUGAUUGGUUGCAUGGAGGAGCUGAGUCACUGCUCACUUUAACCAAUUUAUUCAUUGUGUUGGGGCUAAGGGAAGCUAUUAGGAAAGCUGAGAAUGCUGAAGAGAGCAAAAACAAUGAUGUCUCCAGAAUUAAAGAAGAGAAGAAGUCAUCAAUCUAGUUGACAUGUACCUAUCAUCCUUUUGUUGUUUGUAGACAUCUGAAUAUCAGCGGCGGUUCAAAGAAAAAUGUUGCGUUUUCUUUGCCCGUCUGGUUUCACUAGGUAUAUGCUGUUACUGGAUGCUGCUUUGGACUCUUUUGUCCAUUGUAUUUUCACUGCAAGCAUAGGUUUAACAGUCCCAUCCUGAUGCAUCAUUAGAGAAAGAUUGUUGUAUAGAUUGCAUCAAUCAAUGUUAUGAACAGUCAAUGAAGCACAUAGUUAAUCACCAUCUUCUCUAGCUCUCAUGCAUGUGCUUAUUAUUUAAUCUGUUCAAGUUUAUUAUUCAAGUAGUCGUAGAAGUCUCUUGUAGUUUGUCAGUCUUCGAUAUCUGUUACAAUUUAUUGUUCUUGUACUUCAAUUAUAAUAUUAUUUUGUUAUAGUUUAA